AUGGCGUCCGUGUCGUCACUUGAUAAAGACUUGCGCAAAAUGCGCUUGGAGAAAUACACGCCUGCUGCAGCGAACGAAGCGCGCUCAUGGAUUGAAGACAUGCUAGGGGAGAGUCUCCCGUCGUCGGAUCUGUUAGAAGGCCUCAAAGAUGGAGUCGCUUUGUGCAAGCUCGCCAAUCGCGCCCUACCGCCCCCAGGGCUCCGAUUCAAGAAAUCCGCCAUGCCGUUUGUGCAAAUGGAAAACAUCUCACUCUUCCUACGCGCAUGCCAGUCUUCACCGUUGAACCUUCAACAACAUGAUACAUUCCUGACCGUCGAUUUGUUCGAGCAGAAAGAUCCGGCGCAAGUUCUACAAUGCAUCGGCGCAUUCAGUAGAGCGGCCCAUGCUGCCAAUCCUCAAAACUUCCCCGUGUCGAUUGGGCCCAAAAAUCGGCCAGAUACUGUGACACCACAAGGGACGGGCUCAAGAACCCCUACUGGAACUCGUGAUCGAGGGGCAUCUGUUACUAGCAAUAAAUCGCCUGCCUUUGGACGCUCUGCUAUGAUGCCUCAUCGAACAGGUGACUCCGGUUCUGGUAGAUGGAGUCCUACCAAGAGCCCCAGGAACAGACCUGAAUCUCCUAGCGCCGUUAGUAGCUGGAGCAAGAAGGAGCACGAAGGCAUUACUUCACCAGCUUGGAAUAUUGCUCAAUACGGCUAUCUGGGGGGCGCUAGUCAAGGCAACUUGGGUAUAUCAUUUGGCGGAAGGAGGCAAAUCACUAACGCCAGUCCCCGCGUGCCGAACCUUGCUGACAAGGAGCGUCGUCGAAAGGAGGAAGAGGAACGUGUCCGUCUCGAAGCCGAAGAAGAAGAGAAGCGCCGAUUUGAGGAAGAGGAACGCGCCAGGUUGGAAGAAGAACACCGUUGGGAGGAAGAGACGGAGCAAUUGCGACAGAAGGAGCGAGAAGCAGCCGAAGAGGAGAAACGACGAUGGGAAGAGGAAGAAAGGCAAUGGAAGUUAAUAGAAGAGCAAAGGCGCAGGGAGGAAGAAGAGGCCGAGGCUCGAUUAGAGGCGGAGCGCAAGUCCUUGAAGUCUCGCAACGACUCCAAACUGACAGGACAGUUCUUGAGUCAAUACCGGCCUGAGCAAGGGGCCUCGCAGCAGGAUGGCGCUUCAGAGGAUGACUACAAGAACCGGGUGAAGCAGCUGGAGCAGGAGUUAGAGCUCGCUCGACAGCGCGAGGCCGAGUAUGAGCGAGAGCGUCAAGAGCGAGCUCCUCGUCAGGGAAGCGCUGAGGCUAAGCCUGCUCCCAAGCCCAAGCCCAAGCCCAAGCUAAUAUCCAGUCCCCCAACCCGCUCUGAUUCAUGGUCUAAGGAUGAGCGAGAGGUCCUGCGCACUCGUUCUCCUUUCAGUAGAGAGCCUAUGCAAGCAAGCACACCUCCUGUGUUGCCUUCCAGAUCCCCUCGUCCUCUUCCUGACCCGACUGCCCUGCCACAGCCAAAGUCACCGAAACCCAGCAGCCGCCCCCUUCCUGACCCUGCGACGUACGCAUCCAAGCCUACCCCUUCACCUGUUUCUUCAACUCGCACCGAUCGCUUCUUAUCCAGAAAUCCGGCUCCUUCGCAACCAGCGGCCCAGGCUACAUACUCUCGCGAGCUCGGUGCCACAGCUGAGCAAGACGCCGAGGACCGACGCCGUGCCGAAAGCCAAAGCAAGACCAAAGCUGGCGGAUGGGCGUCAAAGUCACUCCUAGAGCGUGAGAUGGAAAUGGAACGACAACGACAGCGUGAGUGGGAAGAGUCACAGAAGGAAACUGCUGCGGCAGUGCGUUCCAACGAAGGAGUAGACGGUAUUGGUGGUCGCUGGGAUGUUGGACAAUGGGCCGGUUAUACUGGCGGUGAUAGUCAGAACAAGGGAUCGAUAGGUAUUGGGGCUGGGCGAAGGCAAAUCGUAGGCCCUCGACCGCUGCCUGAGCAACCGAGGUAA